CUCUUGUUUCGCUUAGACGACAAGCAAGCGUUUGAAACACUGGGUGGUGUGUAUCACGCCGAGCCUGUUGUUAUUUGAUUGACAGGUGAAAUCAACCAAACAAUAGAGAGGCGGAGCUUAUGGAAUUAAAUGUGACAAAUAAAUGCUUGAUGCUUUGGGACAAACUAUCAUAAUAUACUCAGACUCAACUAAGGUGUGACACGGGACGAAACUUCGGUGCUUAUAUGUUUAUUUGGAUAGAGCACCAUUUUGAAGAAACGCCAACCAUCAUAAUUAGUAAACAUCGUACCACGCAUGAUAAUACGAUAUAACAGUAAACAGAACCGCUGCAGAAAUAAAGGUCUCGUAACGCUUGCUUACAAGAUAUCAAUUAUACAAGAUAUACGUCACAAUUGACAACAGAAGCAUAAGUUAUAUUUUGACAUUAAAACGCAAAGAUGUCGACAUCGUAUUUCGUUGAUGCGUUACUAUUGAAGAAACCGACGCAAAUGUCUUUACAACGAGAACUUUCUACGGCAAUGAGUCGACAAAGUCAGAUAACUCACUUGCCACCACCAGCGCAUAACCAUACUCCGAUGCUCCCUGGCCAGCCAUUGGCGUGUUAUCCGAGGCGACCGUCAGAAUUAUUUGGGGGUUGCUGUCCACUUUGCAUACAGACCCCAGGUGGGCAUUUGAUAUGUCCUUCAAACGCAGCAUCCAAUCUUUCAACGAUGAAACAUCUCCUGCCCACAUCUUCAGCUUCAGCUUUGAGCUCAUCGUCGGGUUUUACGCCUCGUCUCCCACUGGCCAUCAACACAGUGUCCAGACUACCGUCGCGGAGGGAUUCCCCGUCACCGCCAGAAUAUAGUGCAGUUGAUACGAGAAGAAUCCGUUACAUGAACCUUGGAAAUAUAGGUACUGUAGCUCAUUUUGAAAUAUGGUAUUAUAGUUUUUGAAUUGUGACAAUAGUUAUUAAAUGAUGAGGGAGAGCGUUGGGCACUAUUCUUGUGCGUCAGACAUUUUCUGACGGCGUUUAAAUACAUUUGGCGUUUUCCCCCUUCCGCACAUGUGCUAUAUAUUUGUAAUCUUUGGCAUUUAAAUGCAGUAUCUGAAGUACAGUCAGGAGACCAUUUGUUAACUGUUUAUUUAACGAAUAUGGGCACUAACAAAAACGUAUGACACGUGAUUCCUCCGACGAUCUCCCGAGUGGAAAGAGAAUCCGCACUGCGUUCACGAGCACACAACUUCUUGAGCUUGAACGAGAGUUUGCGUCGAACAUGUAUCUCAGUAGGUUGCGAAGAAUAGAAAUCGCAACGUAUCUGAACCUGUCGGAAAAACAAGUCAAAAUAUGGUUCCAAAAUAGGAGGGUAAAGCAGAAGAAGGAAGGAACUGACGAAGCGCCAACUCACGACAAAUGCCGAUGCCUAAGAACCUGCGCAUCUAGAAAUGAAAAACAAGAUAUUGAAUGCCACGGAAAUGAUUGCGAGAGUGUAAAUAGUCCCAGUUCAGAAAUUGAUUCAAGUGACAUAAAUUCAUCAGACAUUAGCCAAGUAUCUUCGCAAUCUAUAACAAAAGACAGUCAAAUACCUGUAGACAUUAAUGGUUAAAUGUGAACCAAAUGACACUGAAUUACGGUUCAGUUGUCUGCUGUACAUAAUGUAUAUAACAUGGUGUUCUGAUCGAGGGUCCGUUAUU